AUAUUAACUAAUACUCGAAUUCUAAUCUAUACGUAAAAAUAACUAACUUUAAAACCUUUUAACUUUUCAGUAUUUUGAACUCCGCUAGUGGGCGCUCGACAGUUUGAGAAAAAGCUAUUUAUAGAAAUCGGAAAUUAUAUAUAUCGGAAAUUCCUUUUAUGACAUAUUUUUUUUUAUUAUAUUCAUGCUCUAAAUUAUUUUGUUUUUAAAUUAUAGUCACUGCAAACACAUAAUGAUAAUACACGAUAUAAACAAAAACAGGCCUGACAGUUUGUAUUCCUAAAAACUGCUGUUGAAAUAGUCAUAAAGACUGUGUCUAAAGUCAAUGUGAACUUAAAUGUAUCCACAGCAUUUGAGAUAUUGAUGAACAUUCAGAAUAUCUAAAUGUCACAAAUGACCAGUGGGAUGUCCAGUCACAAAAACAUUUUUUCCACGGAACAAUCUAAUGACCUGUCAUUACUUAUUGGUGAUCAUGAAACUCAGGAGUCAGAAGGUGGAGAAGCUGAUCUACAUAAAUAUAUUGUUGGCUGUAAGAAGAAUCCAGGUCAUAAACAGUUUAUACCUGUUGAUAAAUUUACCUUGAAACAUCUACCUGAAGGUCUGCAAGACAAUGAUUUGUAUGAAUGCAUCAAAUUAUCAGCUGACCUGACUGUUAGAGUAGCUGUUGAAAUGAUAAGUCCUAAUAGACCGAAAUUUUGGCCUAAGACAAUUCAACCAUAUCCAUUUUAUAAUGUGAGUAACACAAAACCUUUGAGGACAGGAAGUGGAAGAGUGUGCUAUGUAAAGAAAUAUCAAAAUGAAGUCAGACAAGAUCUUAAGUGUUGGUGUAGAAAAUGUCUACAUUCAGAUUCACCCAGCAAUGAAUGGUGGGAGUUUUAUGUGACCACAGCCACACAUGUAGUUUUUGAUGACAUUGAGGCCAGACACACGACCUUAAGAUUGUUUUAUGAUAGAAAUGAUAGUCCAGUGUUAAUUGUUGAUAAGGUCAGCGUCGAUUAUGUCAACAUUGAAUACGACUCGUUUAGGUUGAAAUGUGUAACAUGUGAUAAAACUUUAGGAAAUAAACUGAUGGAUAUUAGGAAACAUUAUCAAAAUGUCUUGAAGAAAGUAUUUGAGAAAGACUUUUUCUCUAGACCUAAACAAAAGCUCAACUUUAUAGUGUCACAUCCUCAUGGAUGUUCUAAACAGACGAUACCAGCAUUGAUUCCACCAGAAUGUGAUAAAUAAUUAAGGAGAGAAAUAGUUAAGGAACUAUUCUUCUUUAAAAAAAAAAAAACAACUAAGGAAUAUUAAACAAUGGCACCUCCACUUGAACUAAUUGGACUCCUUACAACUUAAGAAAUGUACAGUUCUUAUAUUCUUAGCUUGAAAGAGAGAAUAACAUUACCAAAACUUUUCCUUGAAAAAAAAGCAUUAUAAGAAUGGCUAAAGAGAAAAAGAAUUAGGAAGUGCCUUUUCUCAGCGGGGAAAAAGUUUCCAGAAAAUAGAGCACGAGUGUGAAUUUAAUAGCGAUAACAUCUUAAGUCAGAAAUGAGUCUUUAAACUUUUACAAAAGAUUUCCUGUUUAGAAACUGAAUGUCAUAAUAAGAAACAAAUCCCUAAUGCUUAUUUUGUUGGUGUAUGGAAAUAGGAGUACUGAAGUGUGAAAUUAUUCCAGGAAUUUUAUUUAUUAUUAAGCUUACAUGUUGCAAGACCAUCCUUAUUUUUUGUUAAGCAAGACAACGUAUCAAAUAAUUUCUUUAUUUAAAACAAUAGAAACUUUUCAUUCGAUUUUUGUUUUGUUUUAUAUAAUGCUGAGUCCAGUUUGAAAAUGUAUAUAUUAAUUCUUCUUAGUAAUUAUCUGAAUUUGACAUAAAAACGUGAAAUUCAAAAUGUGUCAUAAAGUCAGUCAUCAUUAAAGUCACAUAGAAUAUGGAUAUUCUGAUUGUCACAUAUAACCUAAACAUACUGGUAGUCACAAAAAUAAACAAGAUAUUUACUGUUACGUAGUUCGGAUAGAUAAGACAGUGCAUACUUCUCUUCUCUGUUAUCAUUGCGUUUAUUUUUCUACACAUACACCUUUUAGGUGGAAAAAGUGUCAUUUAUUUUUGCUUUUAUUGGCUAUGUUAUAAUGAUGUGUAAUAUUGGUCAUACAUUGCUAAUGAGGCAAUUGACCCUAAGAAGAUGAUUGAAACCGACCAUGUGUUUAGCCCGUUAAAGAUUCAUUGAUUGUAUACACUAGUGUACAGCUUUAUUAAAAUUCAAUUAAACUUUACUAUAAAAACUAUGUUGAUAAGAUUUAAUAUAUAAAUAGGUACAUGUGUUCUAAUUGUUUAAUAUUAUUGUUUAUAAUAUUAAUAUAUAACUCCUACUUUGUGAUCGAAGAUGAGUACAUUUCUCAAAUUCUAUGGACUCCAAGAUGAAUGCAAAUUCAAAUUAUCGCUUUAAAAAGCCAGCCGCAUACAAAACGGGUGGGUUAGUUCAGUUGCAGAUAGGCAAGCUUCUUCUCUCAGCUUUUUGUUGGUUCGGCGCUCUUUCACCCUUCCAACUCUUCUGUUAAUAGUACUACUCAAGAAAUUUAGGCACCCGGAAAUUUAAGUACCCGGAAAUUUAUAAAUCUUUAAAUUGGGCACUUUUUGACACUGCGCAAAAUUUAGGGAUACUUCAUACAAUUAUUUAAAAAUUACUUCGCUAAGGUAGAUAAGAUUUAAAACUGUUUUCGUUUUGUUGUAAGUGGCACCCGAAAAUCAUAACAUACACAGUGUUUUACUUGGUGAACUCAAUUUCUUUUAUUCAUGAAGACGUUCAAUUCUGCAAUACAUCCACAAUGUACCUAAAGAAGAAGACAUGACAGCUGUCAACAACUUCUGUACAUUGACUCAUAAUACAAGGAUAUAAAAUUGGAAUCUGUUCUGUAACCUUUAGUGAAGUCCAGUAGGGCGUCGGCGACGUAGGCGUCAUUAUCUCGUUGAUGGUAAGAAAGGCUUUUAUCCAACCACCAGGCCUGGACAUGGGCCCUUCACCCCUGCCCUGUCUGAGGGCUCACAACGGUAGACGGCCAUAUCGGAUGACUGGGCCGGACCGGGUCGUGCAGUGUACACAGCGCACCAUCCCCGUUCCUGGGUCCCACUCGCUAUAAGUGGCCGAGAACAGUGCUAACUGCGGGGAGCUUGUCUCAAAUUCAUAUACUGUAACCGCCACUAUUUGUGCAGGGACCGCCACUCCAGCUAACGGGACAGUGAUGACGUCCCCCAUGUGGAACGGCGUGGCGGACUUUUUGGACUGGGUUCCGUGCGUUCUUUCCAUCCCAACCCCGAGUGAGAGAAAAAAAAAGUUCACCCAGGGAAGCCCGUCCGGGCCUGGUUUGCUACUCGUACUUAGCCUAUCUAGUCUCCACCAACUAGACGUUUCCACCGGAGGGCCACACUGAUGCGACGGGUAGCUGGAAAUCCUCCGGUGUUUUGUAACUAGAAUUUAUGACAUGGUUGUUUAAACAACCGUUUAAAUACCUUAUUUGUAGAUAUUGAAAUAGAAGCAGCAGUUUGUAUUUGUAUGAAUUAAUAUGUUUUUGGGAUUUGAGUUUGUUUAGUUAUAUAUCUAACGAGAAUAUCAAAGUAAAGAAUAUCUCUUCUCAAUCUCUCUCGCCUACUCGGCCCUCUUAGCUCUAGGGAUGAAAAAGGUGACAUGAGACAAGCACAAUAUAGAGCCAUCUACACCUGCCGACCCACAAAACUCAUCAGCUUGAUCGGUAAAAAGGUUCGUGCAGAAAUUUAAAUUUUCGCUUGUCACCGCGUCGUGUGUCUCAUGUUCCUCCUCUCUCCCUCUCUCAUCUCCUCACCCUCCUGACGCACCAAUUCAAUGCGCACACUUUCUCUCGCUUCUUUUCUGCUAUCCACCUCAGUGUUCUGAAAACAUUUCUUGAAAUUCAUUUCCUUCUAGACGGAACUUUUCAAGAGCUCACCCCUUUCCCACAAUCUACCAUCACCACCACCUUUAACGCCAUGUCUAAACCACAUGGUCAGAGAUCUUUGGCCUAUUCUCUCAGCACUCGUCAGGUGGUCGGACGUGACUAACGUCUCCAGAUUCUACAUUAUCAGUUUUCUUAUCGUAAUUGAGUGUUUUUCAUUAAUACAGGUACUCUAGUGCCCACUACUACGGUCUCUGUGCCCAAUGUCCACUACUACCUACUGCUCCUGCCUAGUGAUCAGUGCCACUGCCCAGUUUCCGGAGCCUGUCAACUACUGUCAAGCUACCUAGUCUUCUACAAGCUAGACACCCUGCUCAGGUUCAAGAUAAGGCAAUCUCUCAAAGCACCUUCAAUCAAUGAUAAAUACGCGCGCCAGUUUUGUACAUUUAGGAGUCCUUUGUAAACUAUCAAAUCCAUAUGAUUCUACAUUUUUUUUAAAACACAGCAUUGUAAUCUACUUUACACAUAUCGUUGGUUACCUACAUUUGAGCUUGGUAACUGUAAGUAGAUCGAUUGUGUGCAAAUGUUGCCGUAAAAUCUACUAGACCCAUAGUGUACGCCUAAAUCACAACCCUUGUCAGAGACGCAAUCUUACACUCACUGCUGACCUUUCCAUCUGUAGCUCUUUGUCACCUAAUAAAGAGCAGCGUGACAAGUGACCACAAGUUGGUACUGUAAUAUCGCGGUCAAAAAGGACCAGAGCAGUAUGAGUGUUACAUAGAACGGAGAUAUUCUGCUAAUUAAAUAGAACCAAAAUAGUCUUGUAAGAAAGAUUAGAUUUAAAACAGUGUUGUGGGCUAAUCUAAUCUGACUUCGACUAUGUAUUAAUUAUUACUUAACAUUAGCCACAGAACAUUACAAGUUGAAUAUAGUUGAUAACAACAUUCAGUUCAAUAAAAUGAUACUUUAUUAACCACUGGGAAAUCCGUCCAGUCUUCCUAAAACGUCGCUAUAUCUAAUUACUAUUCAACUACUAUUCAAAACACAGCCUACUUCUAACAUAACGCCAUGUUGGUCCUCUUGUUCGCCUCAGUCUACUACGUCAUUAGUCUGUCUUACUACGUCAUUACUUUUACCGUCGCUAAAACUAUACACAAUAUAUUUAUCUAACAAAACUAACCUACUCUCUAAACUAGUACAUUACAACUGUCAAAACUCUAAUGCACUGUUUCUUUUCGGGACGAAAGCUAGAAGGUACGCACUGUGAUAAACUAGACUGAAAAGGAUGUCAACAUUAGGAAGAGAGAACCGUUUCCGCCCAAGUUGAGAGCCGAAGUGAAAAGACUGUGUUUAAGAUAGAUGAUGUUUGUGUACCUGUGAUGUCGUGUAAAUAAACAUAUAUGUGCCUCGUUGAGUUGCAUUACUUAAGAUAUUACAACAUAUAUAUAGAGAGAGAUUUGUGAAUCAAUUGGGGAUAAGAAUUUGUUUCCGAUUUCCAGUCGAGAUAAUUAUUCAAAGGAAAACAAAAUUAACAGAAAAAAAAAGAUAUUUUUGGUCACAUUUUUGAAAAUGUUUACCUUGAGGUUCGAUCAAUAGUUAUAUUAAUUGAGACUUGAUUGCAUGACGGCGGGGGGAAGGGGCGGAGGCUUUAGUGGGGUGUGAAAAUAAAAUUACAUAUGUAAUAUUUAGAAAAAUUAAAAAGCUUUUAGAUUUAGAAGUAGGAUAAGACUUGACGUCGGGUCUAUGUAGGUAGGCUUAGUUUAGAUUUAGAAGUAGGAUAA